AUGGCUGCACUCCGCCCCCUCCGAAGGAUGCUGCAGGAUACCUUCUGCUGCCCACUCCCUUUUGGUGACUCAGAAGUGAUAUUCACGCCCCCACGUUACAUCGCUGUUGAUGCGCCGUCCAGCGUCUCCGCGAGUGACCUGCUGGAGGUGAUGCAGACUCGACGAUCGCACUACCAGCUAUCUAGAAAAGUCCCCUUAUCAACCACCCGCAUCGACAAAAUCGUUCAAGAAGCACUCGCCGAGGUACCAUCCGCCUUCAAUUCCCAAUCGAACCGAGUUAUUGUGCUUCACGGUCAGCAGCAUGACAGGCUGUGGGACAUCAUUACCAAGAUCCUCCGAGCCAAGGUGCCGGAUGAAAAGUGGGAACACACGAGCGAAAAGAUGAAGAACUUCAAGAAAGCCGCAGGCACUAUCUUGUUCUUCGAGGAUCAACAGAUUGUCGAAGACUUGCAGGAGAAGUACCCUACCUAUGCCACUGAGGUCCCUCUAUGGGCCGCACAGAGCGAUGGAAUGCUGCAGUAUGCCGUAUGGACUCUCCUGGCGGCGGAAGACAUCGGUGCCAAUUUACAGCACUACAACCCCAUCAUUGAUGAGGAGGUAGUGAAAGCUUGGGAUGUCCCAAAGAAGUGGAAAUUGAAAGGCCAACUGGUGUUUGGCGGAAUAACUGGAGAGCCUAAGCCAAAGGACUACAUGCCGAUGGCCGACCGGUUCAGAUCCUAUGCAUGA